AUGAGUAGAUCGCAAGAAAAUUCGGCCCUUUUAUCGACAAAAGUACACAGUAUAGAUGCGAAGACGGGCAGUACGCGGCAACAGUUCGCCCAUGAGGUAUCAACAACAAAUGCGAUCUUUCGUCCGUCGAAGGUCUUUCCGUCGUUGUCGACACAGGAAAACAGUUCGAAAGCUGCAUCUUAUUCCUCAGCAGAAGCAGGACUUGGUAGGAAUCCAGAACAGUUUAUCCCGCAACUACAAGCUCACUAUUAUCCGCCAACAGUCCCGACUGCGGGUAAGUCUCGUAGUUUUCUUCGUAUGUUCAAUUAUUUAUUGUAUGAGUUCGUGCAAACCUAAGGCAGCAAACGGCUCUUAUUAUUUUUCUGAGUGUGCACUCGUGAGGAACAUAACAACAACCACCACCGUUUGGCGUUUCAGUAAUUUUUCGUGCAUGAUCGAAGGGGCGAAUUUAGGAUUAUUCCAUCGAUAGACUUAGCAGUCUACGUAAUCGACAUUCAAAACGUUUUACCAUGCAUGGCUUGUUACCUUGGCUGAUAUUAGCUCGGUUGCAACGGCGCACAAAUAACAACGAUAAAUUUGAUUUUUCUGAAUUAUAAAACCAGCGGGUGUACGGAAUUUUCGGGAUAGUGGCAGUUUCAAAGCGUUUUGUGUGUCCUUGCUUGUCGCAAGUUGAAACGACUCCAUGUGGAAUCUGGACUUGCGAUAUGUUAGGCGAGUCAAGUUACGACCCUAGCAAUCCUCUCGUAUAGAGUUAUUCUUACCUCGUGAGGUAUACGUGACUAAACUCAACCUUAAAUUGGAUGGCUAAAAGAUAACAUUUACGGCUAGCACAUUUGCUGUAUAAUAAUGCAUGGUUGAUUCUGUCCAUAAAUUUCUAUUUCGAGUUUUCGAACAUGAAAUCGCAAAGGGUGAUUCCUUUCAGUUGCAGAUCUCGCUCUCACAUACACUGAUUUUUGCGUCGUGUAGUGUUUAUUAAAUGCAAAGUCAUGCUUGACGGAGGCCCUUCCUUGCAAAAGCAAGCGAUAAGAAACCUAGCAAUGCUCCUCUUAGUUUUGUUAAUAAAUUUUUGUCGAAGGAUGUAUAAACUUUGUCUGUCUGUCUCGUUUACCGCGUCAAGCAUUUGAAGUGUUAUACAUUGCGACAAUAUCUACCUCCAUGUGUUGCUACAGAGUGCAGAAUUUUGAAUUUUUCCAUUCUUACAAAGCGUGGGCGAGCAAAAUAAAAAUACUAAAAACAGUCCAAAAUGUUUUCUGUUCCGAACGCGAUCUCUUUCAAUCAGAGAAAUCGUUACCCCCUUAAUCGUCUGUGGCGUGGCUGUUCGUUGUCAAUUCACUUCCUCAAAGGCGUCGACGAAAUUGAGUUGCAACAACCGCGGAAAGGAAAGGAUCUUUUAAACUAACCUGCCAAAGGCUACUAUUAUACUUAUUUAUUACAGGAAAAUUAACAAUGUGUGGAUUUUACCGAUAAAAUACAGUCUGCUGGAUUUUGAUGCCAUCGCCUUCGCGCGAAAUUAGAGACGCCACACGCGAUCUGGUGAUAUAGAGCGCGUGAUGUGGACUGCAUAUGAGAGAUAUUCUUUCUUAGAGCCUUUGAUAUUUCAUGCCACUUUGUUUAUGUAAAAACCUUCAGUUUGCCUGCUCUGUUUUGAUUUGUGUGACGGUUUUUUUUACGAAAUUUGUAAUGUUCAAGUUACUGCUUAAUGCGCCUUUGUGUUUUUGCUGGGAGAUAGAUAGCUUCUCUUGUCCGUGACUCCGCCGUGUGUGUUUGCGGAAAAUACUGUGCUUUGCUUUAUCUCGUGAAAUACUGACUGUUUCCUUAUUUAUUUAUGUAUGUAUGUAUGUAUGUAUGUUACCACGGAUUGACAAAAAUCUCGACACAGGCUAAGACCCUGCUAAAGUAGCGUUCGAUGAUGUUGUACGUGCUCAGUACAAUUCGAGAGAGACGUUUCAGCGGGACGAACGAUCAUUGCUUGAAAGGUUCUCGGAUGUUCUUAUAUCUGCUCUACGGUUAUUUGAUAUUUUGUUAACGUAGAUAAUUUUCCUUUGCCACUGUCUCAACACUCAGGGAAAAUUAACGAUCUGUUAAAAAUUCGGCUGGUACGGAGUAAAACAGCGCUUGUGGGCAGGUCGCGAUAUGCUGCGCAUUCAUCUUUCGUUGGCGUGGAAUAAUUGAGCGCGAAUAAUAGAAGUGUGUGCUGGUGACGACCUUAACUUUUUGCUAGGUAACCGCAGCAGUCACUCGCAUAAACUAUAAUCUUCUCGAGGAUGAAAGAUCGAAACGGAAAACGAGUCCAGGAUCGUCUCCUCAGAAAUUGUUUCAAAAAGAAAAUAUAUUCUUUUAAAGUGAAUUCUAAUUUUCCCAGGCUGUAGUCACAAGUGCAUCUGUUUAGUGUAUAUGUAGGUGCGAAACCACUUUUUAGUGAGCAAGGUGCCGUUUAUUUUGUAAAACAGUUUUGAUAAUUUUUGGUUGAGUUGUCCUCCGAGUUACGUAUAGCGUCGUCACUUUACUCCCUAGCCCUCGUAAUUGAAAACCUAGGCAUUUUCAAUUUACUCAUAUAACCAUAACAAAUACCAGACGUUAGAAUGUUGACAUCCGUUUGAAUUGAGUUGUGUCGAUGGGCACCCGUGAAUAGAAUAAAUUGCUUUCAGUUAAGCCAACUUUCUUGGGGUAGAGUGGGGUAGAGUGACUUUUACCACAAAGGCGCUCUUCCACGAAAAACGCAUUCGAAGUAGCCGAAGCCUACCCGUGCCAUGGUUUGAUUUAUCGAAGUUACUCAUCGUGUCGCUGUUUCCAUUGUAAUUUAGAUCAGUCCUCGCGCAUCCUUAAGCAGAACGUGCAUUGUCACUGUGUGUUUAAUGUAUAAAUAGACCGUACUCUUAUUGGAAUGCAAAUUCACGCCACUUGCCAGAUCGGCUGUCGAGUUUUAGCUUGUUUACAUUAUUUGGAGCUUUAAAAGAUCCCCGCUCUUUCUCGAAGACUUAAACACAGAGACGAUUUCUGUGGCUGUAGAUAUUUCCAAGCAUGAUAGCAAUGCCAGAAAAAAUUCCUCAAUGGAUUGAUACUGAAAGUCUGAAAUGCGCUUAAAGCCCAUUUAAAAUGUUACGUCAUACCAAUCUUUUAUGAACUAUGAUCUCCAUCUAAACUACAAGAGACCUUUGUUUGAAUUUGUUUGGAAAACACAAUUUCAGGGUUUUUUUCCGGGUCUUCUGAUCCGACUUUAUUACUAUAAACGUGCUUGAAACAUGUUUUUAAAUGUAAAAGCCUUAUGUAAUGAAGAACGUAUUUCCAGCUGAACGGACGUUAACCUCGGCAACAUCUUUUGGAGCAGCUGGGAUAUGAGAGGCUGCAUUUCCUUUGCAGUUGAACUGAGGUUUUCCUCUUGGCAAACUGCCCUUUGAACGGCUUUUCACGGAACGGAAGAUAAAUUAACUGACUGUGGAUAAGGAACAUUCGAAAGAAAAACAAAAAAAGAACAGCUUUUUUUUCUGGGAACCGCAACGAAAGUGAAAAGCACAUGCCCACGUUCCUCUUGUAUAUCAGCUAUCAGUUAAUGAGCUAGAUUUCAAAAUUGACAGCUUUAAGAAAAUUAUAUUUUAAAAGGUCUGAAAGCAAACAGAGCAGAAAAGUACAAUUCAAAAGCUUACCACUGGAAGGUUGUAGUCAUCGUUGAAAAAACACCUCAAUGGAGACAUUAUCAGUACUUGUUGUACAGAGCCAACCUCGAGAGAGGGAUAGAGAAUUGUGUAAACCACCUCGAAAAUCUUAAUUCAUACUCCAUUCAAAACGUAAUUGUGCCCAAUUGCUUUUAUUUGGGAAAGUCUCGUUUGUUUUUUUCUGUCUAAAACGUCGGAGCAGGAGCCGCCUUUUGGAGCAUUGAAAACGUAACGCUUCUGAAAACAUGGUGUUUUCAUUUACUCGUCUUGUCUUUCACUGAUAGACUUAUUCAGAAUUCAAAACUACAAGAUCUCAGAUAAAACGUUAAAGCGCCCUUUUAAUCCUGAUUUAAAUCGAGUUUUCCCUUGGAUUUUCAAUGCACUUUCAAUUGCCGUAGUUUCUAACGAUUGUUCCCUGGCUUGCUUACUUAGAAAACAAACUACUAAAUUAGCUAGGAAAAAUUAAAAAGAGUAUUAUUCGUACUCCAUGGUUCUUUUUGUCGAUUAAGUUCGAUCUUAUACAAAACCUUUAGUUGAUCAGAAACACGUUUGAGCUUAUUUGCACUCGCCGCUAUAUUGGAUGAAAACCGUAAUCUUCAAAAACAACUAGUGCCUAUGGGGAUAUUUCUAAGAGUGAAGAAGAGAUAUGAAGUCACUGGACGUACGCUUAUUUCCAUGAGUAAAUUAUUAUAAUAAACUGUACUUUUCUUUCCCUUGACGUUUCCGUUUAACUAUUAACCUAGAUUAGUCACCAGAACUCACGAUGUAUUUUUUUACAUAGAGGAUUCGGUAGAUAUCUUAUCUACGAAAAACUGUUUUCAUACCACAUGCAGCUCUGUUUAAUAUCGUUUGUUGUGGUUUUGAAUAAUCGGCGAUCAUUAAAACCCUUUUCACUGACCGAGAAAACACCACCGUAUAUUUGUGUCCGUAGUACGUAUUUUUAGAAACUUUUUGUUCUUUGACCGUCAAGCACAGUUUGUCCGUUGUAGUUUUCUGGAAGAGGUGUAUAAGCAAGACAAAAUGUAAUAUUCACUAUUUGUGAAACGCAUCAUGCGAUAUUAUUGUCCUGUUCAGUUACCUUGUCAGUGGUUGUUCACAUUUCCGAGAGAUCGCGCGUUCAAAGAUUUUUCAAUCUUGCAUGUUGUCACUGAGCCUUAAAACGAAAAUAGCAGCGAAAAAAGUUGAUAAAAAUGUUAUUAAAACUGUUAUUAAAAUGAAAUAAGCUUUGACAAAUGCAAAAUGCGACCGUUUAUUAAAGGUUAUGUUUCGCGUUAUUCAGUGGCGUGUCGGGUCUUGCGCGCGUGUUAGUUAAAGCUUUCUAAACUUGAGUUUCGUAAGGUGCUGAUCGCAAGUUCAGUAUUUUGCCUCUCUGGUCUAUUGACAGGACGAGACCUGCAGGUACCCGGCCGCCAAUUGUGUUAAAAGUGUUUUCGAAAGCCAUGCAAGACGAUGUCAUAAGCAUUAAUUUGUUCAAAUAACACGUGCUAAAUAAAGGUUUCCAUUUGCCCUCGAAAUACUGAACUCAGACUUCGAACGUAAAUUGUCGUCUGCGAAUAUAGGGCAAGUAUGUGUUGCACAGCGAAAAAAGUUGUCAACGUCAGAUCUUGUUUACAACACACGAUAAAGACUAAAAGUGCCUGAGCAGAAAAUUUGAAUAAAGGAAAAGAUUUACAUAAUAAUUAUCAAACCUCUAUGGAGUGCUCCCGCUGUAUUCCGUAGCUUAUUUGCGCGUUUCGCCUUUUUUUAUGUGUGUAUAUGUUAAGUGGCGUUCAAAAGACUUGACCCCUUUGUCCGUAAGAAACAUGUGUCUUCUCGGUUUCCUCAAAUUUUGAUUAAUGUGGACUUUAAUCGUGACAGAACAUAGGUAGCAGAUUGUUCUUGAAGCUGUGUUCAAGCAGGUAAGUUUAAAGUCGUACGCCUAUGUCAGCUACACGCUCCAUCAAAACAAUGAUUUUUUUGUUGCGUUUGUAGCCGGUUCCUUUUUAAACUGUGCAUGGAGAGUUUGUACUAAACUAGGUUGAAACUACUGAAUGUGGAAUUGAGCUUUUGUACUUUGUAAAAGAUUCGGUAAAAUUCUUGUCGGGAAUCUAUAUCACAUAAUGUUUAUUUGGACUGCCUCAUGUUGGAAUAAGUUAUUCCGCUGAGUGUUUCACGAGACAAUUAUUUUGAAAAUGUGAAGGCCUUUUGUCGGUGGAAAAGCGAUCGGGUGCUUAAAUGGUGCAUAGACGAAAUAUUUUUCACUCAGGCGUCGAGUGUACUCUGUCUUGGUGAAUAUUUCAGGCGUAUUCUUAAUAUUCGAUAACCUGACAGAUAAGUCGACAUACUACCAACUGAAUAUUUCCAGUCGAAGAUCUUUCCUUAGUUUUUCACCUCAUUAUUUUUGUCAUUAAGAUUUUCCUCAGUUUGUCCGUAUUUACUUGUUACUGCCGCCGACCGAUAUUUGUACAUCUUCAUUUAAUAAAGUCAGCUUGCUUUCUCGCUCUUUCCUUUUACGAAUAUUUAAGUCGAUAUGUAUUUUUGUGUACAAAAAUAGAUAGAACGUUAAUGCUUCUUCGUACAAAUCCGGAACCUUUCUGUCCAGUAUACGUAAAGCGUAAUUCUGUUCUAUUUUAAUAUUGGGCUUUAAUUCAACCUUACUGAUUCCAAAUGUGUCUCCAUGAGGUUUUGUAAAAUAACACUUUUUCGAUAAAUUCUACCAAGAAUCUAAGAUUUUUCUUUAGACGUACUAAAAAGCGUUUUUAAAACAUGAUAAAUGUUUGUUUGGUUGCAAUGACGCUUUGCCUGUGUAAAUCAAGAAAUCUGAUUUUUAAUAUGCCUUGGUAAUCGGUUUUUGUAGCUAUCGCUACGAACUCAUUUUGUCUGACUGUUUUGAAUAAAACAUUGACUUGUAUUAUUCUUUUAACAUCAGUCCAUAACCACUUCCAAGGAACUUUCAGUUUUGUACUCUUUGUUUACGGCAAUAUAAUCCAAAGAUUUAAAGCGAGGAAACAAACACAGUUCCUUUUUUCCUGAAAACAUUUUUUAGCUUGCCCUUUCAAUGCGUCAAGGUUUGAUUUGCGUGUCAUUUCUCUCAUAAUUCAGUGUUCCUAAUUGUGUCUAUUUAUAUUCCGCAAGAAAGUGAAAAAAAUUAAAACGAUCAUUUUUUUUAUCGCGUUUAUCGCUCUACGAAGUCGCUGUGAUAAAUACGUUAUAUUUGGAUUUUUUGUUUAUGCGUGUUUCCAAAACAAAUCGUCCGCGUAAUUGCUAUUUGUGACAUUUUUAACUGUCGUCGAGACCGAAUUUUGUUCCGCAGGCCAUGUUCCCAAAUUAUUUUCCGAACAGUCCAAAUUUCUGAGUAGCUGGAUAUAUCGUCCAUAUAAAGAAAAAGUAGAGAAAGCCGUCGUUCAAAGUGGAAAAGUUCCCGGUUAUCGCUUAUAAAUGUUUAGGGGCGCUGAAUUUUCGCAAACUAAAGAUAAAAUUAUUAACGCGUGAGAAAUACUAUUUCCUUGUAUUUCGCUUCUUUUUCUGUAAAAACGUUUGAAGGGAAAAAACCUCUAAGGCGACCCUUACGUGUGGUGAACUUGUAAUAUCCCUGGAAUUCAGGGAGAAAAUUAACUUUUGUUUUCAUUCCAAGGUUAUUGUUACAAAUCUUUAUCCCAGUUCUAUUCAGUUCAGUUCAUUUAUUUUGCGAAAGUAAAAUACAAAAUAUUUGAUUAAAUACAAAAAUAAUAAACUGGCGAAAAACUCUGUGGUGCCUCCUUACCAAGAGCCGAAAGUGUAUGAAUGAAAGUGAAGUUGAAUUCAGGAAAGUUUAAAGCUUUUGCAAUACUUUUCUGGAUGAGAAAAAGCAGUUGUGUGAUCAUAAAGU